AUGACAGCCUCCGUGCUCCUCCACCCCCGCUGGAUCGAGCCCGUCAUGUUCCUCUACGACAACAGCCUGGAGGAGAUCAACAAGAACAUGGAAGCCGGCUUCCACGCGGCGGCGGCGGCGGCGGCCAGCGGCAACUUCGCGGCGGCCAACCAGUGCCGGAACCUGAUGGCGCACCCCGCGCCCCUGGCCGCCCCCGCCAGCGCCGCCGCCUACGCCGCCUCCAGCGAGGCGCCCGCCGCCGGCAUGGCCGAGCCCGGCGCCGCCGCCGUCAAGCAGUGCAGCCCCUGCUCGGCCGCCGUGCAGAGCCCCUCGGGCCCCGCCGCCCUGCCCUACGGCUACUUCGGCAGCGGCUACUACCCGUGCCGCGUGGGCCACCACAACGCCGCCCUCAAGUCCUGCGCCCAGCCCGCCGCCUCCUUCGCCGACAAGUACAUGGACACCUCGGUGGCCGCCGCCGCCGCCGGCGAGGACUUCACCUCCCGCGCCAAGGAGUUCGCCUUCUACCAGGGCUACGCCGCCGGACCCUACCAGCCCGUGCCCGGCUACCUGGAUAUGCCCGUGGUGCCCACCCUGGGCGGCCCCGGCGAGCCCCGCCACGAGUCCAUGCUGCCCAUGGAGGGCUACCAGCCCUGGGCCAUCCCCAACGGCUGGAACGGGCAGGUCUACUGCCCCAAGGAGCAGAACCAGCCGCCCCACCUCUGGAAGUCCUCCCUGCCGGACGUGGUUUCCCAUCCUUCAGAUGCCAACUCUUACAGGCGUGGGAGAAAGAAACGAGUGCCUUACACGAAAGUCCAAUUAAAAGAACUCGAAAGGGAGUAUGCUACAAAUAAAUUCAUUACCAAAGACAAGCGGAGAAGGAUAUCGGCCACUACAAAUCUCUCAGAGAGGCAAGUCACAAUCUGGUUCCAAAACAGAAGAGUGAAAGAAAAAAAAGUCAUCAACAAAUUGAAGACGACAAGUUAA